CUCAUGGAAAACUAGCCUCUGGAAUGACCCCUUGGUCUGUCUCUUGCCGGGCGGUGGUCCCAGAAGUCCAAGACAAAUACAUGGCUGAAAACUUAAACGAUGCAGGUGCUUUCCCGCCUGUUCUUCACUCUAAUUCUGCUGUGUGCCUGCUGCAUCCUUUACUUCCUGCUAUGUCCACAACUUUGUGUUUCCCUGUGUUGGCUCAGCUGCCAGCCUCAAGAAGAAAAGGAGGGCAAGCUGGCACAGAGCUUUGGAGCUGCCCAGUUUGAGGGUUACAUCAGCGUUCCUGAUGGAAAGCCACUGGUUCGAGUGCCAUGCCGCCAAUGUGCCGUGGUGUCCAGUUCCGGACAGAUGCUGGGCUCCCGUUCGGGGAAAGCAAUCGACGCAAAGGAGUGCGUCCUGCGCAUGAACCAGGCCCCGACCCAGGGAUUCGAGGAAGAUGUGGGCAGCAGAAGCACCCUUCGCGUGGUCUCCCACACCAGCAUCCCCUUGCUCCUACGCAACCAGAGCUAUUUCUUCAAGCAAUCCUGCAACACCACCUACAUCAUUUGGGGACCUCCCCGGCUGAUGAGCCGGGAGAAGGUCGGCUUAGUCUAUCGGACACUUCUGAAAGUCAAGGAGAUGUACCCGGCCUUGUAUCUCUACACCCUCACCGAGCAAAUGAUGGCCCACUGUGACGAACUCUUCCAACUGGAGACGGGAAAGAAUAGGAUGAAAUCCGGGUCCUUUCUCAGCACCGGCUGGUUCACCAUGGUGUUGGCGAUGGAGCUGUGCGAGCAGAUUUUUGUCUUUGGCAUGGUUAGCAAGAACUACUGCAAAGACAAGAACCAGCCUCCUGUUCCUUACCACUAUUUUGAGAAGGGGCGACUGGACGAAUGCAGGAUGUACCUGGUGCAUGAACGAGCUGCCCGGGGCGGGCACCGCUUUAUCACCGAGAAGUCCGUCUUUUCGCACUGGGCAAAGAAAAGGAACAUUAUCUUCACCCACCCGUCGUGGGCCGAUGGGUAGAAGGGGCUGGCCGCGGCUGGCCUGUUGAACCUUUGCCACUUGGUGGGAGCUGCAGAAAUCCAGCUGCUGCAGAAGGUUGGGAAAUUUGCCCUAAGAGAUGCCUCUGUGAGCAGAUACGUCUGUCCGUCCCCUUCUGUUGGCCACCUAUUUUUAACUUCUGCUGAGAGACCACAACUUCUCUCUCUUUUAAUUUCCUGUGUGUCUGGUGGUGUAUUAUUAUCCUUGCACAGGAAAAGGAAUGUUUUCUGCCAAAGCUGAGGCCCAGGGGUUUGUGCUGUGAAGCCAGUUUCCCCUAUUGUGCAUAUUCUGGAUUGUUGAAUUCAGAAGAGAGUGAAGCAAAGCCUUCUGAUAUUUCACGUGGCCAACAUUUGCUGAAACUUCCAGGCACAGGUAUGGGUUGGAAGGAACCUUGAAGGUCAUCUAGUCCAAACUUCUGCCAGGACAGAAAUCUGGUACCUCAAAGUUGUAAAUGGACUUUGAUGGUGCAGCGCUUUAACUAAACAGCUUACAAUGGCGUGUUUACACCUUAGGCGGACCUGAUGUGUUUAUAUCUGUUUAUAUCCAUGUGUAGAUGUCUCCUUACCCCUCUCCUGAGCCCAGAGGGUGAGCACCUGGAUGGAAUCCCUCUUAAUCACCUGAACUGGGAACGCUCAUUUUAAUUCCUGGCUUGGGUGAAAUGGGAAUGCUUUUCAAAUCUGCAGAUGACCCUGAACUGGGUAGCUAAAACUCAGAAAUGAUAUGGACAAAGGCUCUUGACCUGUUGAAGACCUGGGCAGAAAAAUAACUCCAUGAAACUUUGCAGAGGUGACUGCAAAAAAUCCUUCCUUAGGAAAACAAAUAAAAAGCUGGGGAAAAGGGGGAUAUAACUACCUUGGUUCCAGUCGUAUCCCAAAGGCACCACAUUCCCCUUCCUGCUUUCAAAGUUGUCAUUAGCACCAGAGAGAUGUCCCUCUGAAGGGUCAUUCCUGAGAUUCAGCUCCCCCCCAAAAUGGAUGAUAGCCUGUGCAGCGAUUUGGAUUGGGGCAGGGGCGGGGUGCACCACCUUCCGUGAAAUCAGACAUGUCUUUUCCUGCAACUGCACAACGGCAGUCGCAGGAUCUCGGGGCCAGACCUGGGGGGUCUCUUUAAGGAACGGGGACAUGGAUCCACAUUGCUGCCUGUCCCUGUUUGAUCCCCUCUUGGCAAACAGCCUGACAGCAACAGCAAAAACUGAGUGGGGUAAGAAGAGCAGGAGAGUCUGGGGGGUCAGGGCAGAAUCCUAGAGUAAGAACAUUCCAGGAGGGGUUCAACUGUGGCUUAGAAAUAGAUUUUUGAUCAAUUUGGUUUAUUCUUCUGCCCUUCACCUGCUUCCCUC